AUGUCGAGAUAUCAAUAUCAUCGCUCCCGGAACGAGAAAUCGCAUACACGACGUGAUUCCCAUCAUGAGAAGAAGAGUGUUACGACGAAAAAUUUAGCAGCGACGUUGGGGAUGAUGGGGUUGGCGAUUGGUGCUACGUUGUUGGUGGAAGGGGGACCGUGGAAGAGUAGAAUGGCGGCGGCGGCGACGGUGGUGGGGAUGGAACAGGUUUUGGAGAGGGUGGGAUUUUUUGAUGGGAAGGUAAGGGAGAGGGGGAAAGGGGAUGGUAGGGAGGGGAUGGGGGUAGAUGGGGAGGAUGGGGAGGAUGGGGAAGAUGUGGAUAGAAGGGACAGGCGAGAUCGUGGGGAAAGGGAAAGGGAAGGUCGAGAUGUGAGGGGGCUAAAUAGUGAAAGGAGACGACGAGAUAUGGAUGAUGAUGAUGAUGAAUGGAAAUAUCAAGACCAAAGGAAAAGGGAAGCAGAAAGCCGAAGAGAAACAAGAGGAAUGGGUCACGACUCACAUGAUAGAACGAGACGUCAUACCCAUACCCAUGAUGACGAUCGAACACAUCACGAGAGGCGAGCCAGAAGACGAGAGGCCAAUCGACGAUUUGAUGAAGAAUAUGAAAUUGAGGAGGUUCCUGCUUGA